AGACAGCUUUUGGCAACCAACCAAAGGUCUUCUAAAAGCUUAGGAUUUAGCAAUUUAGUAUUAAUUGUUAUCCUAAGACCCGCACUUUGAGAAUAUCAUCUAUCGAAAAUGGCUCUGGCAUUCCGUAAUAUGCUCAGAACAGCAGCAAGAAGGAUUCAAGUGCGAAACUAUGCUGAUGCUUCAAGUGCAGAUGAAAUGGCCUUAACAUUUGCAGCUGGUAAUAAGGUGUUUUACGACAAAAAAGUUGUGAAACAAAUUGAUGUACCAUCUUUCAGUGGAUCUUUUGGUAUAUUACCAAAGCAUGUCCCUACUCUAGCUGUUCUCAGGCCCGGAGUUGUCACAGUUAUUGAGAAUGAUGGCAAGCAGACCAAAAUAUUUGUAUCCUCUGGGACAAUCACUGUUAACGAUGAUUCUUCUGUUCAGGUAUUGGCUGAAGAAGCUCAUCCCGUGGAGAGUUUGGAUCGAAGUGCGGCCCAGGAGGCCCUCAGCAAGGCUCAGUCUGAAUUAAAUUCUGCUGCAAAUGAAAAGGCAAAAGCUGAGGCCGCCAUUGCAGUAGAGGUAGCUGAAGAGAUUGUGAAAGCUGCAUCUGCGUAAAAAGAUUAUCUUUAUUCAGUACGUGAUAAAUAUGUUAGCGCUAACAAGUAUUUAAUGUUAAACCAAAAUUAAACAUCAAAUCCAUAGU